AUGUUGAACCUUCAAAAAAUAAUAAAUGUUUUUAACAACUUUGAAGAUGCAAUCUCAAAGUUUCAGGAAGUUGAUACAGUUGUAAACUUUGCUUCCUCUCGUUCCGUUUAUGAUUCAACUUUAGAAUUCAUGAAGUACAAGCAAAUCAAAACAAUUAGUAUUAUAGCAGAAGGUGUUCCCGAACGUUAUGCCCGGAAAAUUCUUCAUGAAGCUAAAAAGCGAGAAGUUUUGAUUAUUGGACCUGCUACUGUUGGAGGUAUAAAACCAGGCUGUUUCAAAAUUGGUAAUACGGGUGGUAUGAUGGACAAUAUAAUUUCAUCAAAAUUGUAUCGACCUGGUUCAGUAUCUUAUGUCUCUAAAUCUGGUGGUAUGUCCAACGAAUUGAACAACAUCAUAUCUAGAAAAACUGAUGGUGUCUAUGAAGGAAUAGCCAUUGGUGGAGAUCGAUAUCCCGGUUCAACAUUCAUUGAUCAUUUGUUACGUUUCGAAAAUGAUCUUAAUUGUAAAGUAUUGGUAUUACUUGGUGGAGUUGGGGGGAUUGAGGAAUAUCAAGUCUGUAAUGCUCUUCGUGAUGGACGUAUAAAAAAACCUUUGAUCGCUUGGUGCAUUGGAACUUGUGCAAAAAUGUUUGCAACUGAAGUACAAUUUGGUCAUGCGGGGGCAUUGGCUCAAUCUGACUUAGAAACCGCUGACGCAAAAAAUAAAGCACUAAAAGACGCGGGGGCUAUUGUUCCCGAAACAUUUGAAAAAUUACCUUUGGCAUUACAUGAGACCUACCAAAAACUUGUUUCGGAAAGGAUAAUCGUUCCAACUUCAGAACCCGAGAUUCCAAAAGUGCCUAUAGAUUAUUCUUGGGCACAAGAACUUGGUUUAGUUCGUAAACCUGCAAGUUUUGUUUCAACUAUAUGUGAUGACCGUGGGCAAGAAUUGAUGUACGCAGGAAUGAGAAUAUCAGAUGUAUUUAAAGAAAGUAUUGGAAUUGGUGGAGUCUUGAGUUUACUUUGGUUUAAAAGACGUCUUCCAGAAUAUGCAUGUAAAUUUAUUGAAAUGAUUCUUAUGUUGACCGCUGAUCAUGGUCCUGCGGUUUCCGGUGCCCAUAACACAAUUGUUACUGCUCGUGCAGGAAAAGAUCUUAUAUCAAGUUUAUGUUCGGGUUUAUUGACAAUAGGUGAUCGGUUCGGAGGCGCUCUUGAUG